AUGCCAAGAAUGUCCACUGCCGCCUCGCCCUCGGCCGUCGCGGAACUGCUAUUUUCGGCUCGGGCAGCCGUCUGCGGCGAUGACCCGUGCUCGCUGCUGGCCGACGAUGUAGCUGGUGACUUUGAUGUCACCUGCAACUCGCUCUGCGCAACGCGAAAGACCGUCGGCCGCCAUCGCCUGCUCAAAGGCUCGGCCAGUGUAGCUGGCGGCGAGACGGGCGGAGCCGAAAGCUGUGCCGGCGCUGAUGCGGGCUUGGCCGAGCGUGCUUUGGCGCCGAUCGAGUACUUUGAGGCGCUCAUCUUGACGCUGCCGCCGGACGGCGGCGUGUGCCUCGGCGUUGUCCCGCAGAGCGCGCCGUGGAAGACCUCGGUCGGCGCGCCCAACGCCGGCCUCGGCCUCCUCUCGACGGGACACCUGGUCGACAGCGGGGUGUUCACCCGACUGCCCGAGGCUGUCGACCUUCCGCUGACGGCAGGCGAUGUCAUCGGCGUCCGCCUCGCCCGCGGCGUCGACGACGGCGACGGCGACACGGUUGUCACCUUUAGCAUCAACGGCGCCGAGGUGGCGUCUUUGGCGGCGAUGCUGCAUGCGCAGCCGCAUGUGCCGGGCCUCUCGCUCCGCGGCGUCGGCACCCGCGUCCAGAUGGCUUUCCGCAGCCUCGACUGGCGCUUCCCACCCGACGACCUCGUCGUGCCGUCCGAGCCGUCGUCGCCACUCGCGGCCUCGCCCCUCGCGGCCGCACCGCUGCGGCCGUCGGCACAGUGA